CACGUAAUAGAUUUCUGGAAUUUCUCUCAACGAGAUGCAACACCGCUUCCGAGAAGCUCAGGAUCCCCAGCUCUUUCUGCGUAGAUUCGAAUCGUUACUUCAAUGCCAAGCCGACUCGACCGUUUCACCGCUAGUCUAGAAUCAUCCCCGUACCCCUGACACCAGGCAGGGCAGCAGGACUUCUAACCACGACACCCCCGAAGACUUGAUCUUUUCCCCCGAUAUGGAGACGAUAAGCAAGAAUGGGCGUACAGCGAUUGUCUUUCGCGUAGGGCAUGGCUUGGCUGGCAAAAUGCCGCGGGAGAUGGACAAAGGAUUACCAGGUCGCGAGGAGUUCGCUGCUGAGGUCGAUAAUGCAUUCGCCGUGGAGGAGAAGCUCUUAAGCAGACUGGGAAGCCAUCCCAGGAUUGUUCCGUUUGUAUCCAUCUCCGCACCACGUCGCAGUUCUAAUAUGGCCAGAUACUAUGGGACCUGUACACUCGAGGGCAUGAAGAACGGCUUGCUGCUUGGUGAAGCGAACUGCGGAGAUCUUCAAUCGUACAUCGACAAGCAUAAUGCCAAAAUCGACGACACAUUGCGUAAGAGGUGGAGUUUGCAGGUCGCUCAAGCCGUCGCAUACGCCCACGAGAUGGGCAUUAUCCACUCGAAUCUUAGCACAACGAAUGUGCUUGUCCAUCAGAUUGGUCAGAGUCUAGAUCUACUUCUUGCUGAUUUUGGCGGCUCUAGAUGCGUGGAGCUGAAUCUAUACGGCGGCCUGCUCCCUGACGAUCCCUUCAGCGACCCAUGCCUAACAGAUUACGAAUCGCCAAAAGUCGACGUUUUUAGUCUGGGAGUCAUCAUCUAUGUUAUCAUGACUGGUCAUUACCCUUUCUACAACGGCCCAGCACCGCAGAACGCAGAGAGAUUUGUAUAUGGCGAACAUGUGCGUGCGCUAUUCGAACAAGGGCAUUUUCCGAAUCUGUCCGAAGUGACAUUCGGAGGCAUCAUCGCAGGAUGCUGCUGCGAGCGGCGGUUCGAGACCGCAAAGGAGGUCGUUGUAGCCCUUGAGGUAGAAAUGGGACGAUAGGUUUAUGAGCGGUUGUGGAAGGCAGCGUCACCAGGUUGCGAGGGGACCCCUCGCAACCUGCCUAUCGAGCCUCUCCGCUCCGUUGCGUUUUCUGUAUGCUUGAUCUCCAUGUGGAAUCGUAGGGUGAUAGACUUGGGAGGCCGGCGCGCGAAGUCGACAGUGAAGACGGCGAGUCUAGAGGACAAGCAUCGCGGGAAGGUUGGCUUGAGAGGCGGGGAAGAAAUCUGGAGCGGGAUGAGGUGCC